ACUCAGUAACAUCAAAUUCCGUACCUCCUCUGUCUUUCUAUACAAAUUCUAUUUUGAUUUCGAUCCAGAGCCCAUCUUGUUUUUCCUAUUGGGCAUUUGAAGUGGGAAAAUCAAUCAAUCCAAGGAGGAUCUCUGAACCAUGUCGGCACUCUUCAAUUUCCAUUCAUUCUUAACAGUAGUGCUUUUGGGCAUCUGCACCUGCACGUACUUGAAGAUGCAGUUUCCGGCAAUUCUUGAACAGAGAACUGGGUUCCGUGGCUUCUUUUGGAAGGCAGCCAGAAUAGGUGAACGGUUAAGUCCCUGGGUGGCUGUGGGUUGCUUCACAAUGGGUGUCUCAAUAAUAUUUUUCUGAAGAAGGAGCACGCCGUCAAGUUGUUCCGGAGAGGGAUCCAGUCUUCGCCAUGUGAGCAAAUCUGCCUUUUGUUGAAAUUUAACUUGUUUGGAUGAUGGAAAGAGUUUUGAUAACACUGUUGGAAAAACUAUAUAAAAACUUAUUUCAAAAGUACCUUAGCAUAUUCUUUGGCUGAUUGUUGCUUAUUGAAUAUUUUUCCGUGCACAUUGUCUUCUAACGUUACAUGUGGUGUAACUAAAGCUUAUGGUGAAUAGACUACUGCAAUUGCCUAAUUCGUUUCCUU